AGAGAUUCCGCAUUACGUCAUCGGCAGAAGCCAUACAUACUCGAGGCAAAUGCUGGGUUGCGCUACUCGAAAAUUUCCAUCACAUCACCACUGCAAAAGGCGUUUGUAAAAACAGGAAUAGACCGUUCUAGGGGUAAUGUACAAUUGACCCAAAUGAAUCUUAAUCACGUCUAUGGACACGGCUGACACGUCUAACCUGGAUGUAAACAAUGCAGUUUUAUUCCUCCAAAUCCUGGUAAGUAUAGACAGCACAAGUGCACUGGAACGACCUUAUUAUUACUCGUGUAAAAUCCAAGUUACUGUAUAGGAACUAGUGAGAUCGAGAUGUUUUUUUAAAAUCACGAGGCAAAAUGCAUGUCAAUUGUUAGGAUUGAAGGAUUGACAAUUUGGGUGUUGUAAAAAUGCCUCAUUUGUUGUUAUUAUGCCUCAUUUGUAGUGCCUCUGUCGUAACAUGGGAUACAGGUUAUUGCAAUGGAUGUACAUAUACAUCUGUUGUUGCCUUUCUUCACUCAUCAUGUGUGUUGGACAAGAAACGUUGACAAAUGAUGCUCUUGGUAUUUCACACUGUAAAUCAUAGUGUUUCUCAGUUCUUUCUGAAAUGCACCAGAGCUGAGCAGGAUCCAUUGUGGUUAAAGUAAUCAAGUCAUUGACAUGGCUAUCAUGGCUCGUUUAUAAAACUGUAACGGCAUCAGCAACCAACAGUUUGGUAGACUACAUGACCAGAACUAUGUGGACACCUGCUCUUCGAACAUCUCAUUCCAAAAUCAUGGGCAUUAAUAUGGAGUUGGUCUCCCCUUUGCUGCUAUAACAGCCUCCACUCUUCUGGGAAGGCUUUCCACUAGAUGUUGGAACAUUGCUGCUGGGACUUGCUUUCAUUCAGCCACAAGAGCAUUAGUGAGGUCGAGCAGUGAUGUUGGGCGAUUAGGCCUGGCUCACAGUCGGCGUUCCAAUUCAUUCCAAAGGUGUUCGAUGGGGUUGAGGUCAGGGCUCUGUGCAGGCCAGUCAAGUUCUUCCACACAGAUCUCGACAAACCAUUUCUGUAUGGACCUCGCUUUGUGCACGGGGGCAUUGUCAUGCUGAAACAGGAAAGGGCCUUCCCCAAACUGUUGCCACAAAGUUGGAAGCACAGAAUCGUCUAGAAUGUCAUUGUAUGCUGUAGUGUUAAGAUUUCCCUUCACUGGAACUAAGGGGCCUAGCCCGAACCAUGAAAAACAGCCCCAGACCAUUAUUCCUCCUCCACCAAACUUUACAGUUGGCACUAUGCAUUUGGGCAGGUAGCGUUCUCCAGGCAUCCGCCAAACCCAGAUUUGUCCAUCGGACUGCCAGAUGGUGAAGCGUGAUUCAUCACUCCAGAGAUCGCGUUUCCAGAGUCCAAUGGUGGCAAGCUUUACACCACUCCAGCCGAUGCUUGGCAUUGCGCAUGGUGACCUUAGACUUGUGUGCGGCUGCUCGGCCAUGGAAACCCAUUUCAGGAAGCUCCCGACGAACAGUUCUUGUGCUGACGUUGCUUCCAGAGGCAGUUUGGAACUCGGUAGUGAGUGUUGCAACCUAGGACAGGUGAUUUUUACGCGCUACGUGCUUCAGCACUCUGUGGUACCAUUCUGUGUGCUUAUGUGGCCUACCAUUCCGUGGCUGAGUCGUUGUUGAUCCUAGAUGUUUUUUACACUUCACAAUAAAAGCACUUACAGUUGACCGGGGCAGCUCUAACAGGGCAGAAAUUUGACGAACUGACUUGUUAGAAAGGUGGCAUCCUAUGACGGUGCCACGUUGAAAGUCACUGAGCUCUUCAGUAAGGCCAUUGUACCGCCAGUGUUUGUCUAUGGAGAUUGCAUGGCUGUGUGCUCAAUUUUAUACACCUGUCAGCAACGGGUGUGGCUGAAAUAGCCGAAUCCACUAAUUUGAAGGUGUGUCCACAUACUUUUGUAUAUAUAGUGUAUACAGUGCCUUCGGAAAGUAUUCAGACCUCUUGACACAUUUUGUUACUUUACAGCCUUAUUCUAAAAUUGAUUAAAUUGUUUUUUUCCCCCCUCAUCAACCUACACACAAUACCCCAUAAUGACAAAGCAAAAACAGGUUUCAGACCCUUUACUCAGUCCUUUGUUGAAGCAUCUUUGGCAGCGAUUACAGCAUUGAGUCUUCUUGGGUAUGACGCUACAAGCUUGGUACACCUGUAUUUGGGGAAUUUCUCCCAUUCUUCUCUGCAGAUCCUCUCAAGCGCUGUCAGGUUGGAUGGGCAGCAUUGCUGCACAGCUAUUUUCAGGUCUCUCCAGAGAUGUUCGAUCGGGUUCAAGUCCGGGCUCUGGCUGGGCCACUCAAGGACAUUCAGAGACUUGUCCCGAAGCCACUCCUGCGUUGUCUUGGCUGUGUGCUUAGGGUCGUUGUCCUGUUGGAAGGUAAACCUACGCCCCAGUCUGAGGUCCUGAGUGCUGUGGAGCAUGUUUUCAUCAAGGAUCUCUCUGUACUUUGCUCCGUUCAUCUUUCCCUUGAUCCUGUCUUGUCUCCCAGUCCCUGCUGCUGAAAACAUCCCCACAGCAUGAUGCUGCCACCACCAUGCUUCACCGUAGGGUUGGUGCCAAGUUUCCUCCAGACGUGACGCUUGGCAUUCAGGCCAAAGAGUUCAAUCUUGGUUUUAACAGACCAGAGAAUCUUGUUUCUCAUGGUCUGAGAGUCUUUAGGUGCCUUUUGGCAAACUCCAAGCGGGCUGUCAUGUGCUUUUUACUGAGGAGUGGCUUCUGUCUGGUCACUCUACCAUAAAGGCCUGAUUGGUGGAAUGCUGCAGAGAUGGUUGUCCUUCUGGAAGGUUAUCCUAUCUCCACAGAGGAACCUCCCUGACCAAGGCCCUUCUCCCCCGAUUGCUCAGUUUGGCCGGGCGGCCAGUUCUAGGAAGAGUCUUGGUGGUUCCAAACUUCUUCCAUUUAGGAAUGAUUGAGGCCACUGUGUUCUUGGGGACCUUCAAUGCUGCAGACAUUUUUUGGUACCCUUCCCCAGAUCGGUGCCUCGACACAAUCCUGUCUCGAAGCUCUAUGGACAAUUCCUUUGACCUCAUGGCUUAGUUUUUGCUCUGACAUGCACUGUCAACUGUGGGACCUUAUAUAGACAGGUGUGUGCCUUUCCAAAUCAUGUCCAAUCAAUUGAUUUUACCACAGGUGGACUCCAAUCAAGUUGUAGAAACAUCUCAAGGAUGAUCAAUGGAAACAGGAUGCACCUGAGCUCAAUUUUGAGUCUCAUAGCAAAGGGUCUGAAUACUUAUGUAAAUAAAGUAUUUAAGUUUUUUAUUUUUAAUACAUUUGAAAAAUAUAUAUAUAUACACUGUUUUCACUUUGUCAUUAUGAGGUAUUGUGUGUAGAUUUCUGAGGAAAUGUUUUUAUUUAAUCAAUUUUAGUAUAAGGCUGUAACGUAACAAAAUGUGGAAAAAGUCAAGGGGUCUGAAUACUUUCCGAAUGCACUGUAUAUCAGCAUAUUCCCAACGAUCCAGUUUUUCUGUUGUUGCAGAGAUAUCCUGAAGCAGUUUCACUAAUCACCUUUGUAAAGCAGCCAGUAUCAGAGUUUUUUUUUUCUCACUAAGGAGCUCACAUUUGGACACAGUGUCAGUUCAGGAACAACACAGUUCUGCUUUUCUUUCUUUGACUGUGGUAAAAAAAAAAGAGCCAUAAUAGAAAUAAGGGACUUAUAAGGGAAUGGUUCAGCGUGGCUGAAAUUCAGUUAAUAACUGCGCAAGAGAGUUUAUCUAUCCACUGCAGGAAGAAAUGUGAUAGUUUUAAUAUCGCUAACAGAAACUGACUUUAUAGCCUUGGUUUGAUUCUGGCAGGGGUGGUGCGUUACAAGUCAUCUGCAAUGUUUAUGAUAUGCGAUGAUUUGCUCAUUUCAGGGCAGUUAUUUUUAAUACUGCAAGUGUAUGUGACACUGGCACAGAGCAAGAGUAAUGCUCGCUGGGUGGACGCCAAGUGAGAGGUUGGAAGGGGCUGCAACUGGAGAGCCAGUAAAGCUGUACAAGAAUGUGGAGCCUGUUCAUUUGAAGUUAAAGAUAGAGGCAGCAACACAACCUGUGUCCUGACAGUUUCUAAUUUCAGAUAUCUGACUGUAGCUAAGCUAACCCCCAUCCAACUGGGGCUGGCUGCUUUUGUUGUCAUGUUUGCCUGGUAGAGGGCUUUAUAUACUCUGUACAGUUGUUAUUAAGAAUGACAAGCCUUUGGGGUAGCACACAGACAGACAAGGAAACAGAGGACCAUGGUACAUUCUGAAGGGUAUGUUCAAAGUUGACAAGUUUGUCAUCUCCUGAUUUGUGUUGUUUGUGGUUGUUUUCAAUCUUCAAUAGGGGAAUAGUAGUUUGUGGCAAUCUUAGCUAUUUAUUUCACUGAUUUAGAAUAGCUUUCGUAAGGUCAAAUACUUGGCACAAGAGCUUGGCUCUGUUCCUUUGUGAUAUGAAAUGGGAGUUUGUGUAUGUUACAAUGUUAUUAUUAGUUAGUUGGUUACUAUGCGUUUGUUAUACAGGGGAUGUAGCUCAGUUGGUAGAGCAUGGCGUUUGCAACGCCAGGGUUGUGGGUUCGAUAAAAUAAUGUAUGCGCUAACUGUAAGUCGCUCUGGAUAAGAGCGUCUGCUAAAUGACUAAAAUGUAAAUGUAAAUGUUAUACUAUAUGAGACUCAAGUUGAUUGGAUGAUUAAUGAAUGAUUAACUGAAAAGUGUUUAACAUUGUUGUAACUUGCUUCAACUAAAACUUGACAUGACAGACAGAUAAUGCAGCCAUCUUUAUUGUGUGAAUACAGUGUCUAGGAGUGAAUGCACUACUUGCUACCAAUUUGAUCCAGUGUUACCAUAGAGGGCGUUACUCUGCAGAGAAGGGGCUGUGUGCAGAAAUAGUUUUCAUUUUUGUGUAUGUGUACAGUACCUUAAAUUAGCAUUUGGGAUGAAGCUUUUGGAAGUUCCUGCAUGUAACCUGAGGCCACUGCAUAAUAUUAGCAUAUUUAUCCCUUUCAAUUAUGUAACUUCUACUUCAUUGGUGAAAAGUGGCCAGUCUUAGUAGAAAGAGUAUAAUGAAUCAUAGUCGUUUAUCAUUUUGAUGUCAUUGUGUAAUGGAUAAGUUCUAUUCUAUUUUCAUUCUAUUUGUAAUUGCAAUGUAUUCCAAUCCUGAUUCAAACAUUGAUGUUUUGCUCCACAAACUUUGGUCCCCUCUAAAGUGAGAGAGAGGGAGGGGAGGGGGGGCAUUGCACCCUGUUUUUUAGGAAUGGAGUGACUGGGUUCUUUGCUACCAUGGCAACUUACCACAUGACUAGGUGUAUUAGAUUUCCUUGGACAGUGUGCAGCGAGGCAUGGUGUGAGCAUUCGCUAGCUCUGCCACUCUGCUACUGUGAAACGCUCGUCCUUGUCUCGCUCAAGUUUUUCAAUGCCCUGUAGGGACCGUCCGCAGGCUAUUAAUAUGUCCUGACGGUCACCAGGUAAGAAAUUAUGUGUCAUGUUGACAUUCAUUCAAGUGAAAAUGGGCAGUGUGAGGUGGUCAAAUGUUAUUAGGCAUUGAUGGAAGAAAUGACCCUGAGUUGUGUCAUUCAUAUCACAGAUUAUGUUUAGUGAAGGACUCUUGGUACUAAUGAUACAGUAUCUUGUGUUGAUUCAGGCUAUGAAGUGAAUUGAGAUAAUAUAGUGUGGAUGGUGACAUCAAGUGGAUGGUGAUACAGUAUGUAGAGGGUACUGGUGGUGAUAACCAAGUGGAUAAUAGUGUUGCUGUUGUAGAAGUGGUGUCAGAUACUUAGUACUGUAGUGUUUGACUGAGGGCUUACUAAAUGCAUGAGACAGUAGGAUGUACAUUACAUGAUAGCAGUUGUGGCUGAGCAGUAGCACAACUAUGGAGUAAUACUACAACUACUAAAGCUGUUGAGUUAGUAGUGUUACGUUCAUGUAUUUCUUUUAAUAAAAUGACCGCAUGGGAAGCAAUAUUGUAUUGUCUGCACUCAAUAAUUACCUAAUCAUUGAUCCAUUACAAAAGUGUCACAAAUAGGACUCAAGUAUUCAAAUAAUUAAAAAAAUGUUAUUAUUUUAAUUCAAACUGUCAUGGCCCAGUGAGUGUAAGUCAUUACUCAUGAAUAGUGUUACGAAACCAAUAACUAACCUACUGAUUUUGCUGCACUCGUUAUGUCUUGGGGUAUUAGGCCUAGCUACGUGGUCUGUAACCUGACUGAAUGGGUGCUUUAAUGUGAGAAAUCAGUGUUUGAGGACCGUGUUGGAUGCACAUGUGGCCAGGGAGACAGCAACCUUACCUUGACCCAAGGCUAGCUCUGUCUCUCUUGACUUCUUGGUCGGCCAGUCCAAGCAGAUUAUUAUUUGCUCAGAUGGUGACAAAACAUAAAUAUGUACAAAAAGGAAAAACACCAAAGGCAUGCCCAAACUAAAGACUCAAAAACAAACGGAAGGCCUGAUGGCCACCAAGCAAAACCAGCAGCAUCAUGUUGUAAGCUGGGACAUUGACUGACAAUCCUAAUUGACAGCACCUGAUAUGCUUAUCAAGCCUUGGCUCCGCACCUAGACACGGUUGCUGCGAACUGGGGGAUGGAGUGUGGAAGUGUGUCCUGGAUAGUGUGUUUGUCUAUGUCUUAACACUAACAUUCCCCCAUAUCAUAACAAUAGUCACUCUGUUUUCCUCUCCUCUCCUCCUGAUCAGAAUGAUUGAAGAUCGUGGGAGGAGUGGUGACAUAAUGGCGGAGAGACGACAACUGUUCGCAGAGAUGCGUAAGUGUACAGGGCGAUCUCUGAAAAGUAGUGAACCACGUUCAAAGUAUUAUAACUAUUGUAUACAUAAUAAUAACAUUCACCAGGUUAUUAAUGACAUUUACCAAGUAAUUUACCUUGUUACCUCUAAGAAAGAUUCCAGUAUAGGAUCCAGUAUUGGCCAACACAGCUUAUUUUCAUUAGCAAUACUAGACAGGAAUCUAUUGUUAAGGACCACAUGAAUGCACUAUCUGCAUGGACAUAGUGUGUGAGGCAACACUCUUCCCCCUGUAGCUCCACAAAGUCUAUCAUCAGCAGCAUUCCUGUGUUACUGUCUGUCAUAUUGCCUUGCACACAAAUUAAUUUUUUCCUACAGGGGCACAAGAGUUGGAUUCCAUAAGAUUGUCCACGUAUAGAACAGCUUGCAAACUCAGAUUCGUUCAGAAGAAAUGCAAUCGUGAGUAUGAUGUGAUGUCCUCUGUCUGAGGUUUGAUUGUGAUUUUCUUGUGUUUCUAAAAUACACAUGGAUAAAAGGGAAAGUGUCCAUGCAUUUCUAUUCUACUCUAUCUUUUCACAGUCCAUUUGGUGGACAUCUGGAAUGUGAUUGAGGCGUUCCGAGAGAACGGCCUGAACACCAUGGACCUCAACACAGAGUUCACUGUGGCUCGCCUGGAAGCAAUACUCUCCACCAUCUUCUACCAGCUCAACAAGCGCAUGCCCACCACCCACCAGAUAAAUGUGGAACAGUCCAUCAGUCUGCUGCUCAACUUCCUGCUGGCUGCCUAUGACCCGUGAGUAUCCACCAUGACCGCAUCACUGUGGCACGGUCACUGAGCAUGAUGAUGGGGCGAUUUUGUUGCAUGUGUGUGUGUGUGUGUGUGUGUGUGUGUGUGUGUGUGUGUGUGGUGUGUGGUGUGUGUGUGUGUGUGUGUGUGUGUGUGUGUGUGUGUGUGUGUGUGUGUGUGUGUGUGUGUGUGUGUGUGUGUGUGUGUGUGUGUGUGUGUGUGUGUGUGUGUGUGUGUGUGUGUGUGUGUGUGUGGUGUGUACACCACUUCAUUGAUGUGUGAUUAUUCUGUUCACACAGUCUUUCAUGGGAGAACGAAAUCCAGACUGACUGUUGUUUUAGCAAUGUAAUGGUCUCACAAUGGUCUUGUGUCAAGUGAUGCAUCUUUAGUUCUGAUGAAAGAAAAGAGAAAGUAAACGGUGAAAAUGACAUAGUGAUGAUGAUAAAUGCAAUUUAACCGUUUUUGCUUGUUUUUACUGUUGUAAUUACAGCGUAUAAGAGCAACUUAAAGGUGCUGCACAUAGGAUUUUGGGGAAUUUUUGCAUUGUAAUUUCAGAAAAUGUCCAAAUAUAUUUGCCGUUAAUAGUGGAAUGAUAGUGUUUCACAGUAUUACUUACCCGCCAGUGUUGUGAUUGGCUGUGAUAUUCGUCUAUUAAUUUAUCCCGCCGGAGUGUCAUCUGUUGUUCUGACCUUGUGGCAGUGUUAUCUAGUGGAAAUCGCUAAUUUCCUGGUUGCUAAAAUUCUACAAUUUCAGUUUAUGUGAGAAAAUAAGCACUGAAUACUGUAGGGAAUCAUUGUACCAUCUAAAUCAAUGUGAAAUGUAUUUAAUGACAAAAAAUAUUGUUUUUACAGCUGUUUGAAGCUGGUGGACCAAAAUUGAAAGUUACUUUCGGUUUUGGUCCAACAGCUUCAAACAGCGGUUUUGGUCCACCAGCUUCAAACGGCUGUAAAAAUGAUAUUUUCUGUUACUGAAAAUAUAUUAUAGACAUUUUCAGAAAUUAUAAUACAAAAAUUCAAAAAAAUCCUAUGAUUACAUUAUUGCAAGUAUUAUUCUUGUACUGUAUAUUCUUGACCUUUUCACAAAUACACAAAUUAUUCUGAAAAAAUACUAAACACAUUUCUUCUUUUAGGGAAAGCAUCGGAAAAAUCUCUGUCUUUGUUGUGAAGAUGGCCCUGGCAACCAUCUGCGGAGGGAAGAUUUUGGAUAAAUUAAGAUGUAAGAUACUUGGUUAAUCUUUAUUAAGAUUAUAAAUUAAGAUGAAAAUGAAUUAAUAAUUUACAGAGAAUGAUUCACCCAACAUUACUGUCCAGUGUUUACAGAUUUCUAUUAAAUAUGACCUAUAAUUAAUUACAAUAUGAGUGAAAUAGUUUUCCUUCCAAUAAAUGCUAAUUAAGUAUGCUAAAAAGCAGUUUGUCUGUGUUGGAAUGGUGUGGGCGUUAGUGGUGCGUGGGUCAGCUGUUUGUUCACCUGCACCCGCCCGCAAUUGCUAAUAACACAUCCGCAACCGCCGGACUAUAUGUGAUAAAGUGAAAAUCUGAGGCCUGCACCCGACCCUAACCUGCUAAUACAGAAAAUGCCCUGUAGGCUACAGUCAGAGACAGCAGAGCGAUUUUUUGACAGUGGGUGCAGGAUUUUUUUUUGCCUGAUUUAGAAAUGUUUCUGCAUAUAAUUUCCGACGUUUUGGUAGGCUAUUUGUUUGUCAACUUGUCUAUAAAUAGAUACAUGCACUGAGUGUACAAAACAUUAAGAACACCUUCCUAUUAUUGAGUUGCACCCCCACCUUUUGCCCUCAGAACAGCCUCAGUUCGUUGGGGCGUGGACUCUACAAGGUGUUGAAAGCAUUCCACAGGGAUGCUGGCCGAUGUUGACUCCAAUGCUUCCCACAGUUGUGUCAAGUUGGCUGGAUGUCCUUUGGGUGGUGGACCAUUCUUGAUACACACGGGAAACUGUUGAGCGUGAAAAACCCAGAAUCGUUGCAGUUCUUGACCCUGGUGCCUACCACCAUACCCCGUUCAAAGCACAGGAGGUUGGUGGCACCUUAAUUGGUGAGGACGGGCUCGUGGUAAUGGCUGGAGCGGAAUCAGUGGAAUGGUAUCAAAUACAUCAAACACAUGGUUUGAUGCUAUUCCAUUCGCUCUGUUCCAGCCAUUAUUAUGAGCCAUUCUCCUCUCAGCAGCCUCCACUGGUUCAAAGGCACUUCAAUCUUUUGUUUUGCCCAUUCACCCUCUGAAUGGCACACAUACACAAUCCAUGUCUCAAUUGUCUCAAGGCUUAAAAAUCCUUCUUUAACCUUUCUCUAUCCCUUCAUCUACAGUGAUUGAAGUGGAUUUAACAAGUGACAUCAAUAAGGGAUCAUAGCUUUCACCUGGUCGGUCUGUCAUGGAAAGAGCUGUUAAUGUUUUGUAUACUCUAUGUAUGUAGCCCUAGAAGACUAAGUAAACCCUUGCUCAUCAGAAUAAUGUCAUAAAUCGAUAGAAUGAAUGCUUCAAUCUAGUAAAGUUCUCUCUGUCAUAUCUGCUUCUUUCGUGGAGCAAAGACGUUUAGGGACCAGGGAGAAAAUGCAAUAACCCUAAAGAAACGGGAAAGAUUUCCUUUGCAAAAUUUCCAAAUGGCAUCAGGUUGACCAGUUGUAAGGAAAUAAUAAAAAAAUAAAAAAAUUGAUGAUGAUAAGAUUUCAGUUCGGCUUGGAUGCAUAUUUUAUGUGGUUGAAAUACUAUCAGCUUUUAUGACGCUGAUAAAGAUAGCACCUCUACAGAUGGUAUCUAACUGCGCAUUCGCAUUCUCUCAAGAUGCCAAAAUAAAUCAAUCCUAUUUCUCCACUCCUGUUCCCGAGUAAAAAUGUAGCCUACAUUUGGUGUUUAAUUUUACUGCAAGAAACGCUUAAUUCUGCAGGAGUUAAUAUUAAGGCUAUGUGAGAAGUUAUAGACCUACAGUCAGUGUCUAGAUUUCCAUUUAACCCAUCUGAACAGUAGGCUACAGUUCCCUUGACGUGCCGUGAAAAAGUAUUUGCCCCCUUUCUGAUUUUCUCUAUUCUUCCAUAUUUUUUUGAUACUGAAUGUUAUUAGAUCAUCAACCAAAACCUAAUAUUAGAUAAAGGGAACCUGAGUUUACAAAAAAAACAAAUAUGAUAUACUUAUUUUAUUUAUUUAAUUAACAAAGUUAUGCAACACCCAAUUCCCCUGUGUGAAAAAGUAGUUGCCCCCUUACACUCAAUAACUAGUUGUGCCACCUUUUGCUGCAAUGACUGCAACCAAAUGCUUCCUAUAGUUGUUGAUCAGUCUCUCACAUCGUUGUGGAGGAAUUUUGGCCCACUCUUGCAUGCAGAACUGCUUUAACUCAGCAAAAUGUUUGGGUUUUCAAGCAUGAACUGCUCGUUUCAAGUCCUGCCACAACAUCUCAAUUGGGAUUAGGUUUGGACUAUAUCAACAAUGGACAAAUAAUGAAACAAAUACCAAAUAACUAUUCAUGGCUGGGAGAAGUCAUUAUUUAUAGUAAAAAGGAUAAACUUAUUACAUAAUCCACUAAUCUAUUGCAGCAGAGCAGCCGCAGCUACUCAUAGGGAAAAUAAAUGGAGGGUUAGGGUAUUUUAGCUUAUGUUUUAUGGUAAUUAAUAUGGAUUGCUACGCACCUUUCAUUCGUUUAGUUUUUGCAACGCAAUACACAGCAUGAUUGCACUGCCUAUUGCUGCAAUUAGCGAACAAUGGUGACAGCUGACAAUGAAUUUGAUCAAUUAAUUAUAUAUUUUGGAGUAACGCCUCCCCCCCCCCAUUUUCUGCCCAGAUGUUUUUUCACAGAUGUCAGACCCUGGUGGCAUAAUGGUAUACUCCCAAUUUGACCAGUUUCUGAGGGAGAUUCUCAAAUUACCAAUGACUGUUUUUGAGGGACCUUCCUUUGGCUAUACUGAGCAAGCCACAAGAACUUGCUUUGCACAGCAGGUGAGAGUCCCAUCUACACUGAAAAUUAACAUACAUUUUCAAGUAAAUCAAUGAUUGAAUGUAUACAACACACUAUUGGUAUAGAUACUGUAUAGGGGAUGGAUGUUGUAAUUGUGUAUGAAACAUCCAUCAUAUUACUGUAUUUUCUUUCUAGUACUACCCCAUAUGCCAAACCUGUAUGUGAUGUGUAACCCCCUCCUCUACUGUAUGUGAUGUGUAACCCCCUCCUCUACUGUAUGUUGACAGAAAAAGGUCUCCCUCAACACAUUCCUGGACACGCUGAUGUCAGACCCUCCUCCUCAGUGUCUGGUGUGGUUACCACUUAUGCAUCGCUUGGCUAAUGUGGAGAAUGGUGAGCCACCACUGCCACCACAGCAUAUUUAACACAUUCAUGGGAUAGCUGCGGGUAGGAAUGAUGGGUAAUUUUGUUUCAUAUCAUCGCAUUGAGUCACUACACAGUAGACAUACAUGCUCAGGCACACACAUUCCCAUGCCCGAGUGUGAGCACACACACACAGCGUUCCACCAUCGCCCACCUCUUAACCCCUCAUGAAUGACAAGGAACUGACAACAGAAUUAAAGUCUUACACACACUGAUGAUCACAGAACACCCUACCUUAUUUGCUGUCUGAUAGACCUGCAAACAUCCCAGGGUCGUUGUCCUUUAUAAAGAUAUCGGUUGCACCCAAUAUGUAUUUGUAUCCAACAACCUUUGGCGUGUGUGUGUGUGUGUGUUAUAUGUAUGCACGUGCGCGUACGUGCAUCCCCAUGCACGUGUGUGUUUGUCUGUGUGCGUGCGUGGACAUGUAUGCACAUGUUUGUGUGUGUGUGCCAUGCCCCCCCCCAACCCUUUCCCUCCGUCCCUGCAGUGUUCCACCCAGUCGAGUGCUCUUACUGCCACAGUGAGAGUAUGAUGGGCUUCCGCUACCGCUGCCAGCAAUGUCAUAAUUACCAGCUGUGUCAGGACUGCUUCUGGAGGGGGCAUGCCAGCGGUUCCCAUAGUAACCAGCACCAAAUGAAGGAGUACACGUCAUGGGUAAGGGGGGUGAUGGGGUGGGGAGAGGUGUGGACGUGACUGCAUCAGGCCAGCCAGCCAGUGCAGCAGCCAUUUCUGCUUUGCUUCACCCAAUACAGCGCUAUGGAGAUGAUGAUGAGACUGUGAUUUGAUUCUCUUACAUUUUGGUCAAUGACAUCUAGUCCUAUAUCAAAUUUUCUGUCAUUACUCUGUUUUAAGUGCCUCUCCUUGCCCUCCGAAAUCACACAUAGCAUCUUUUGGGUUUCUCCCAGAAAUCGCCUGCUAAGAAGUUAUCUAAUGCUCUCAGCAAGUCUCUGAGCUGUGCAUCCAGCAGAGAACCUUUACACCCUAUGUUUCCUGACAUGCCAGAGAAACCUCUGAACCUUGCCCACAUUGUGUAAGUAUGGGGCCAUUCUAUUCUAUUCAUACAGUAACAUAGUAAAACUUGUAUUCAAUACCAUAAUCAUCCUUUUCAAUUUCAAUACAUUUCAUAUCCAUCCCAUCAUCCCUUACCAGAGCCCCUUAUCCCCAAAGUAAAUGUUGAAACAUGAUGAAUUGUAUGUACUGUAUAUCUACAUGUUUUGUAAUUACCUUAUAUUUAUAUACAUUACACUACAUGCUUCUAACACUCAAGUAAUAACAAUCAAUCAAUUGUCGGAUGCACAUGAUCAAUUCAUGUUAGCUGUAGGAAUAAAAUAGUGGCAAUUUAUUCUAAUGGUUGACAGUGUGAGACAAAUAUUAAUUUGGUCAUCUAGACCCUUUUCAUGUGAAAGUGAAUUCAGUUGUACCACUCCCUGUGGCCGUUGUAGUGCAUGCAUGGAUUGCAUGCACUACAGGAUUGUAACAAAUGUCUUUGUUCUUUUCUUGCUGCAAAAUAGAGACACUUGGUAAGUUUGCUUUGAAUACUUGCCUAGAAUAUGCCUGUAGUACAUUUAAUUAGAUCAACUCAAGUACUAUAGAAGGCAGUGUAAUAUGUUACUAGUAGCUAGUGGCAUAUUAUUUUGUCCUUAUAUACUAUGCCCUGUAGUUCCUGAAAGUCACAUCCAUUUUAGCACAACCAACUUGUGUGCAGUUUACUACAGAUUUCUGCAUCAGUUAUCCUGACCCUCCUUUGUGCCACAUGUGAAUACCUUUUUAGGUCAUGUAAACAAUACGAUUAUGAGGAGUUAAUGACCUUUGGAUGAGUGAGGAGGGAAUCCACACCCACGCAUUGUUUGCAUGACAAUAUUGUCACAAUCAGAAACUGCAGUCAUUGUGCCCUGACUCCCCAGACCCAUUCAAUGCUCCUUCGGCCUUCUGAGACCUAGAUCAGAAAGACACAGGCACACACACACACACAGUCUGUGUCUCUCUCUCUCUCUCUCUCUCUCUCUCUCUCUCUCUCUCUCUCUCUCUCUCACACACUCACACUCACACUCACACUCACACUCACACCCACACACACACACACACACACAGUUAUGCAACAGUGGCUUCUCUUCCAUUUGAGGAUGGGAGCAGCUACUGUCAUGUUGGCUGUUUGAACAUGAUCAAGUUUGUCUCCUGCACCACAGGCCUCCCAGACCAAUGAACAGCACCAAUGACUUCAUGCUCUCCCACUCCAUGCCCACGUCAGGGAACCCUUACUCUAAGAAGUAAGUAUCUGACUGCAACGAGGCCGUAUGCAGAAUCUUCAAAAAGAGAAUCAGGUUACCUGACUGUACAUGUUCAUCUUGAUUAAAGAUGAACACAUCCACUUAAGUCCCCUGAAAGUCAGGGUAGAUUGUUGUGUUUGUGUGUGUUGCUCCUUUCGUGGUCUCACUCUUUUGUCUGGUGUAAAUAGCUUGCCUUAUAAUACCAAGAAUAAUGAAGCUGAGCAGAGAAAACAGUUGGCUAGGGCUGCUCCAGAUCUGUUGAAAGGAAGGGGGUAAGUAACCCAGUGACCCAAGGGGGGCUACUGCCUAUGAGAAUGGUUUGGUGACUCAGAUGCAUGCACAAACUAAUUUAGAUAGAUAUAGGCUGUAAUUUAAAUGGAAUUAUAUUCCUUAUAUAGCGCAUUACUUAAGUAGUGCUCUAUUAUUGGGAAUAUGGUGCCAUUUCAGACGCAAAUAUAGUCAUUAUAGAGCGUACACUGUAGUGCUCAUUGUUCCAGUGGAGCCGUUCACUCUUCUCGUUUCCUAUAGAUGGGUUUACACAGUGAUACUCAAGGGGCUAUUUGAAAGAUGCUAGAUGGUGCUUGCAUAGUAAAGGCCAUUGACCAUUCAUUAGGAUAGAGUAUCUAUUACAAUCAUUUUCAUAGGUGUCCCACAUUACCUGGGAGAGUGAAACUAACUGUUGCACUAAUAUUAACUUGGAGUCUCUCGCUCAAGUUUCUUUUACAAUGAUUAACAUACAACUACACUCCUUUUUACAUACUUGUAUAUCCUUUUAUUUUCUGUUUCGCUGGCUCGUAAUGUCAGCCUUGGACUCAGAUACACACACACACACUGAGCGAGCCAGGGGAAGUUACAGGACAAGUUACAUACAUAGUUAUCUGGCGUCAGUGAGUCCUCAAUCAUUUCUAUGUAUAGGAGCUGCACCUGCACUUGAUGCUAGUCUAAGGAAAGAGACAAAGGCUCCAUUGGUUUGAACACUGACCCCAUUCAUAGAGCCAGGUUUGUAAAGAUAUAUACCUUCAGUGGAUGUGAUAAUUAGUAGAGGUUGUAUGGGGUCAGUUGUUGACGAUGUGGUCAAGGUGGGGUUUUGGUCUUGUGAGUCAGUAGUAAGCAAACAGUACUUAGCAAAAAUCACUCAUUCUUGUCUUGAAAUGCUUAUUGAAAUGAUUAGCUUUAUCAGACAGAGUGGCAGUUAGUGCAUGACUACGCUUUGCAUCUUGGAGCUAUAGGUUAUUUAGCACAUUUUUCAAAAUGUCAAAUGAACGACAUAUUAAUGUUUUGACAUUAAUUUACUUACAUUACUUUCACUGUUGAAAACCUUAACACUGUCUAUUCAGAUUAAAUUCCCAUAAAGAUAUUAUGAUACAGGAUUAGAGAUAUAAAUGCAGGGUUUUUUCUCUGUGUACUGUAAAUUAUUUGAAAAUGCAGUACAGGUACAGUAUCACAUUCCUAUCCAUAGUAUUAGUAUCAAAAGAGAAUACAACAGGGAUAGCAUAACACAGUUUUGUGUUUUCUUCUAUUGACUCAUUCAAUGACGGAGAAGACAUUCUGUCUCUCUCCAGACCUGUUCUUGUCCAGUACUCUCUUCUCCUUCCUGUUCUCAUCAUGUAUGUCGUUUGUGUUUGUGUUCUGAAACCCUACACUGUUCCAGGUUAAACUACAGUCUUGAUGUGGCCGAUAGACUGGCUGAUGAACAUGUUCUCAUUGGGCUGUAUGUGAAUCUCCUACAACACAACCCCACAUCAUGGUUAGUCUGGAAUCCUCUGUCUGUAAAGUAACAGUGGAAACUACAAGCUACAGUGCCUUCAGAAUGUAUUCUUAUCCUUUAACUUAUUCCACAUUUUGUUGUGUUACAGCCUGAAUUCAACAUGGAUCAACUAUUUUUUCUCUCUCACCCAUCUACACACAAUACCCCAUAAUGACAAAGUGAAAAACAUGUUUUAGAAAUUUUAGCAAAUUUAUUGAAAAUGAAAUACACAAAUAUCUAAUUUACAUAAGUAUUCACACCCCUGAGUCAAUACGUUAGAAUCACCUUUGACAGCGAUUAUAGCUGUGAGUCUUUCUGUGUAAGUCUCUAAGAGCUUUGCACACCUGUACAAUAUUUGCACAUUAUUCUUUUAAAAAUUCUUCAAGCUCUGUCAAGUUGGUUGUUGAUAAUUGCUAGACAGCCCUUUUCAAUUCUUGCCAUAGAUUUCCAAGCCAAUUUAAGUCAAAACUGUAACUAGGCCACUCAGGAACAUUCAAUGUCGUCUUGGUAAGCAACUCCAGUGUAUAUUUGGCCUUAUGUUUUAGGUUAUUGUCCUGCUGAAAGGUGAAUUUGUCUCCCAGUGUCUAUUGAAAGCAGACUGAACCAGGUUUUCCUCUAGAAUUUGGUUUAUUUCUAUCCUAAAAAAACUCACUAGUCCUUGCCGAUGACAAGCAUACCCAGAACAUGAUGCAGCCACGACCAUGCUUGAAAAUAUGAAGAGUGGUACUCCAUGAUGUGUUGUGUUGGAUUUGCCCUAAACUUAACGGUUUGUAUUCAGGACAGAAAGUUCAUUUCUUUGCCACUUUUUUUGCAGUUUUACUUUAGUGCCUUAUUGCAAACAGAAUACAUGUUUUGGAAUAGUUUUAUUAUGUACAGGCUUCUUGUUGUUGAUCCAUCCUCAGUGAUCUCCUGUCACAGCCAUUAAACUCUGUAACUGUUUUAAAGUCACAAUUGGCCUCAUGCUGAAAUACCUAAGCGGUUUCCUUCCUCUCCUGCAACUGAGUUAGGAAGGACGCCUGUAUCUUUGUAAUGUAUUGAUAAACCAUUCAAAGUGUAAUUAAUAACUUCACCUUGCUCGAAGGGAUAUAUUCAAUGCCUGCUUUUUUGUUGUUGUUUUUUACCCAUCUACCAAUAGGUGCCCUUCUUUGUGAGGCAUUGAAAAACCUCCCUGGUCUUUGUGGUUGAAUCUGUGUUUGAAAUUCACUGCUGAACUGAGGGACCUUACAGAUAAUCAUAUGUGUGGGGUACAGAGAUGAGAUAGUCAUUCAAAAAUCAUGUUAAACACUAUUAUUGCACACAGAGUCCAUGCAACUUAUUAUGUGACUUGUUAAGCAAAGUUUUAUUCCUGAACUUAUUUCUGAACCGUAACAAAGGGGUUGAAUACUUAUUGACUGAAGACAUUUCAGCUUUUCAUUUUUUAUUAAUUUGUAAAAAAUUCUAAAAACAUAAUUCCACUUUGACAUUAUGGGGUAUUGUGUGUAGGCCAGUGACACAAAAUCUAAAUGUAAUCCAUUUAAAAUUCAGGCUGUUACAACAAAAUGUGGAAAAAGUCAAGGGGUGUGAAUACUUUCUGAAGGCACUGUAUUCACAUAGUAUUUACACCACCCCGGCACGGCUCUCCCUUUAUUAAUUGGAGCUACAAGCCUUAAUACUGCAUACACUACUCACGUCAAUCAGAAUAAAUGGAGUAUGUGUAUUCACAAACCACUGACUUGUCUUUUAACAGCUGACAUACAGUAAUGUAGCUAAGCCAUUACAAAAUGUAACACUUCUUUCAUACACCAUACUGCUUUUGCCAGCUGUUGUGCUACUUAGCAAUUAUUCUUUACGGCUAAAUCAGCGUUAUCUUGCUCAUGAAGUUGUUACAGGGCUGUAGAAAGUUGCAUUUGUUUUGCUCUUCACAUAGUAAAAAUCUAGUUUACUGCCCUAGAAUUGUCAUUUGAAUGUGCUUAUGAUGACAGCUUAGAAUUUGCUGCUUUUCCUUAUUUGCUUUGAUAAGUGGCAGUAGUCAGUUCUUUUCAGAGAAUAUCUGUGUGUUUAUGUUUGUCCUCUAUUAGAACAUCUUGGACUGUUACAGUAAAUAGUUUGAUUGGGAUUUCGAUUCUUGGACUUUAGUGCGUGUUCAUGAUUUUCAAUAAAUGCUGUACAGUAAAUCUCAACGUCUUCUACAGUUUUGUAAUUGUUCCUUUUCUCUGAAAGGAAACUCAGACCUUAACAAAAUUAUCCAGUGGAAGCUACUGACCGUUUACUGAAGUAUCCAUCCAAAAGGAAUAUUUUGUAAGGGUGCUAAGAUUGUAGGAAUCAUCUGCUUUAGUCCUGGCUGCUCCGCUCUCCUGCUGCCUCCGCCUCUCUUGACUCUGUAGUAGUAUCAUCAUAGAGAUCUUUCUGCAGAUGAAAAAUACUUACAGAUUCAACUGCAUGUAACCUUCCUUAGCAUUUGUAUAAGCUCAAUGUUGUUCUUUAUUGCGUAUAGAAUGUGCGUGUGUGCGUGAGUGCGUGUGUGUGUGUGUGUUUGUAUCUAGCUGCUUUAAGGCUUUGGCAAAAUGGCUAUGAUUUGUCCCUAAAUAGCAUCACCAAUUGACAUGGGAGUCAGAUGAUUUAACAGAUGUACAAACUACUUUACCAGUGUUUGCAUGUAAAUACUGUACAUUAUACUUAACUAAACAAUCAGAUACACUGUUCCAAUUACCAUUUCCAUGAGAAAAUUCCCAUGUUUUCCCAAUUUAUGUACAGUAGUGUAAGUAAGUACAGAACUACUCUUUAUAUUUGUCUGCAGUAUUUUGUGGCUGUGUGUCUAGUUGCUGUACUUCACUGCAGUAAAUAUGUAGGUGGAAGUGUGACUGUCUCCUCUCCUUUCUCCACCUGUAAACAGUUUGCUGGAGAGCAGUAACCACCAGGAUGAAGAGCACAGUCUCAUCGCCCGCUACGCUGCUAGACUGGCCUCUGACGCAGCCACCGCGGUGAGACACAUGCUAUCUGAGGGCAUAGAGGGAGAAAAUACCAUGAAUAGAAACCUGACAUCUUCAUGUGCACAGCACAAAUACACAUUUGUUCCAAUUACCUGUUAAAGAAGAUGAAAGUUGAGUGUGGGCCCUGAGUCAGGUCACCCAGUCAGGAAAACCUUGUGCCCCUAAGCAUAUGAUCUAUCAGUGUUCACUGUGGCUGCUAAUGUCACUACUAUGUAGUGGUUUAUGAGUAGCAGUGUAUAAGGAAAUGACAUCAGCAGGAAUAACCUCAGUACAGUAGAUAAGGUAAUGUGUCCCUGUAUGUUAUGAUAAUGUCAUGUGUCUGUGUUUUACAGAAACAAGCCCAGCAGCAGAGGGUGCCCAACGACAUCUCUUUCUCUCUGGACGCCAACAAGCAGCAGAGGCAGCUUAUUGCCGAGCUGGAGAGCAAAAACAGGUCAGGGAUGGAUUCCCUCUGAAUUCGCUUUUCUCUCUCUGUUCACCUCUUUUUUCCAACCCUGCCAAUCGUGCCAAAUUACAAGAGCGGUGAUAGGUUACUUAAUGUUCUACUCAAUGUACUUCAAAAUUACAAUGUGCUUCUCACACAAGCUGUGAUCACAAGUUAUUCAAAUGGGCUGUAGUAGGGCUGUGACGAUUAUGGGAUUUUGGGUAACAGUUAAUUGUCAUGCAAAUAGCCACGGUUAUUGACAUAAGCUGUUUUGGUGAACUACCGGUAAGCUUCAUAAUAAAAAAUGAUCUAACAGGUGAAAUGAAGAAUGCGAUCUGCUUCAUCUAGUAAUGCAGAAGUUGACUGCGGGUAUUUAUUUAAAAAAGUACACAUGUAUUCAAAAACAAACAACACAUUAUUUCUACGGUAUUGAAAAUCAUACCGUGGGUAUUUCAAAACACCCAGGAAUACGGUAUAUACGGUAUACUUCCCAACCCUAGUGCCAGCCCUUGGCUGUAGCCCUGUUUUCAUGGUAGUAUCAGAAAAAUGUGAAAGCAAGUCUAAUGACAUGAUGUGGUUAUAGUAGACUUAAUGUAGUCAAGCUAGCUGUUAAUAAUAAUAAUUUGGUGGGUGCUUAUAAUUGUCCUAUUUCACAGAUGUACAAGUUUGUAUAUUAUACGCAUGUGUGAAUUGGAAAUAUGUUUUUUGCAUAUCCCAACUCCCCAUGAGACACCCUCGGCGAGUGGGGUCAGCCAUUAUCAACAGCGACCCUGGAGCAAUUAGGGUUAAGUGCCUUGCUCAAGGGCACAUCAUCAGAUUUUUUCACCUUGUCAGCUCAAGGAUUUGAACAAGAGACCUUUCGGUUACUGGCCCAACACCUAACUGCUAGGCUACCUGUCGUCCCUAGACCCCACCUGUAAGGCAAAACACACCAUCUGAAUCACACAAAACAAAAAUAUACUGAACAAAAAUAUAAAUGCAACAUGCAACAAUUUCUGCGAUUUUACAGAGUUACAGUUCAUAUAAGGAAAUCAGUCAAUUUAAAUAAAUAAAUUAGGCACUAAUCUAUGGAUUUCACAUGACUGGGCAGGGGUGCAGCCAUGGGUGGACCUGGGAGGGCAUAGGCCCAUCCACUUAGGAGCCAGGCCCAGACAAUCAGAAUGAGUUUUUCCUCACAAAAGGGCUUUAUUACAGAUAGAAAUACUCCUCCGUUUCGGCAGCUUAUGGUAGAGAAAUGAACAUUAAAUUAUCUGGCAACAGCUCUGGUGAACAUUCUUGCAGUCAGCAUGCCAAUUGCACGCUCCCUCAAAACUUGAGACAUCUGUGGCAUUGUGUUGUGUGACAAAACUGCACAUUUUAGAGUAGCCUUUUAUUGUCCCAACCACAAGGUGCACCUGUGUAAUGAUCAUGCUGUUGAUAUGCCACACCUGUCAGGUGGGUGGAUUAUCUUGGCAAAAGAGAAAUGUUCACUAACAGGGAUGUAAAUUAAUUUGUGCAAGGAAUUUGAGAGAAUAAGCUUUUUGUGCGAAUGGAAAAAUUCUGGGAUCUUUUAUUUCAGUUCAUGAAACAUGUUACCAACACUUUACAUGUUGCAUUUAUAUUUUUGUUCAGUAUACUUCAGAAAGACUACAUAUGUGAUAUACUAGCUUCGACUGGCAUGUGUGUACGUGUGUGUAUCACAGAGAGAUCUUGCAGGAGAUCCAGCGCCUGCGAGUGCAGCACGAGCAGGCCUCCCAGCCGCCAACGGGCACGGCCCAACAGAACCCCACUCUGCUGGCCGAGCUACGGCUUCUCAGGUAGACCCAUCUCAAGUUUCUUUAAAAAAAACAAUGCUGACCAUGUAAAUGGACAUUUAAAUGUGUGUGCAUAUAAUUUAUAUACACUAUAUAUACAAAAGUAUAUGGACACCCCUUCAAAUUAGUGGAUUCGGCUAUUUCAGUCACACCCAUUGCUGACAGGUGUAUAAAAUCGAACACACAGCCAUGCAAUCAAACAUUGGCAGUAGAAUGGCCUUACUGAAGAGCUCAGUGACUUUCAACGUGGCACCGUCAUAGGAUGCCACCUUUCCAACAAGUCAGUUCAUCAAAUUUCUGCCCUGCUAGAGCUGCCCCUGUCAACUGUUGGUGCUGUUAUUGUGAAGUGGAAACGUCUAGGAGCAAAAAUGUCUCAGCCGCAAAGUGGUAGGCCACACAAGCUCACAGAAUGGGACCGCCGAGUGCUGAAGCACGUAGCGUGUAAAAAGCGCCUGUCCUCAGUUGCAACACUCACUACCGAGUUCCAAACUGCCUCUGAAAGCAACGUCAGCACAAUAAAUGUUUGUCGGAAGCUUCAUGAAAUGGGUUUCCAUGGCCGAGCAGCCGCACACAAGCCUAAGAUCACCAUGCGCAAUGCCAAGAACGUUACCUGCCCCAAAUACAUAGUGCCAACUGUAAAGUUUAGUGGAUGAAGAAUAAUGGUCUGGGGCUGUUUUUCAUGGUUCGGGCUAGGCCCCUAAGUUCCAGUGAAGGGAAAUCUAGACGAUUCUAGACGAUUCUGACAUUCUAGACGAUUCUGUGCUUCCCCAAAUUGUUGCCACAAAGUUGGAAGGCCCUUUCCUGUUUCAGCAUGACAAUGCCCCCGUGCACAAAGCGAGGUCCAUACAGAAAUGGUUUGUUGAGAUUGGUGUGGAAGAACUUGACUGGCCUGCAUGGAGCCCUGACCUCAACCCCAUCGAACACCUUUGGGAUUAAUUGGAAUGCCGACUGCAAGCCAGGCCUAAUCACCCAACAUCAGUGCCCAACCUCACUAACGCUCUUGUGGCUGAAUGGAAGCAAGUCCCCGCAGCAAUGUUCCAACAUCUAGUGGAAAGCCUUCCCAGAAGAGUGGAGGCUGUUAUAGCAGCAAAGGGGGGACCAACUCCAUAUUAAUGCCCAUGAUUUUGGAAUGAGAUGUUUGACGAGCAGGUGUCCACAUACUUUUGGUAAAGUAGUAUGUGUGUGUAUAUAUAUAUAUAUAUAUAUAUAUAUAUAAUGGUUGUUUUCCUCUACCAGGCAACGCAAAGAUGAGCUGGAGCAGAGGAUGUCCGCUCUGCAGGAGAGUCGCAGGGAACUCAUGGUACAGCUGGAGCAUCUGAUGCUGCUGCUGAAGGUGCGUAAGAAACACACACCGUGCAUGCCAUACAGUUUAAUUUCUACUAUAAUGUAGGCCUACUCAGGCCCUCCAGGAUCCGCGAUUCUGUGAUCGCAAAUUCUUUUGAAAAAUGAAAAAUUCCCCGCAUAUUAUGCGAGGGCUUGCAAAUUUUACCAAUCACCGCACUAUUUCUGCAUAAAACAGUCAAAUCAUCGCAAUGUUAUUGCAUAAAAUUGACCCAUACGCAGUACAAAAAGAGGGCUUGCAAUUUCAACCAAUCAGCGCACAUUUACCGCAUAAUAUAGUUCACUCAAGUCAUACUUAAACAAACUUUACCUUGUCAGCGCAUUUUUUGCGACAAAUUGGACAAAGUCAUUGCAUAUUACCAUGCAAUAAAACAGAAUUGCAGAUGCAAAAUGAAGCACUUUUGCCGGCAAAUAUCACAAAAAAAUCCCAGCUAAAUCCUGGAGGGACUGGGAAGAAGUGGAGAAAAUCGAACACACUUUUCAUUAUCCGACCACUAGAAGGCGCACUUCUUCAUCUCUCACCAAGGAACUUCCCUGGCUUCAGUAAAUCCUCAAGUGUUGCUCUGGUCUUGACAAGUCUUCCCUUCUCAUCCUCUGACCAUAACCCAUAACUCUGUCUUUAUCAAAAAUGACUUUGUGUUCCCCAGUUUCUUCAUGUUAAGAUGUCGAGAUAUACGAUUUAAUAGACCUUCUUCUGGUCUUUCUACCCAAGGACAGUGUUUGAUCAUAGGAUCAUAGGAUUAUGACCACUGACAAUAUACCACCAACAUCACUAUCACAUAGUAAUAGGAUAAUAUUCAGCCAAAGAGUCAGGCACAACAACAAUGGAUAGAGAAAGGUGUUUAAGAAUUCUGACAUAAACUGCUUACUCUACUGGCUUAAGUGGUAAAGCUAUCAAUCUAAUUACUCAACAGAAAGGAUAAAUGCUAAUCCAGUUGGCCCUAGCUAGCAUUGGCAUGCUAGCAUCAGACUUGCUUUAGGCCUAGGCAGAAAUUCCCAAUAGGUUUUUACAUGUGAAAGAAAUUGUCUUCAUUGAAUGAUUAUGCUAUUGUGUGUUUUGGGGACGGUAAAUGAAUAACCAUUUUUCUUAACAGGAGGAGGAAAGGAAGCAAGCUGUAAGUCUGUCUGUAAAACCUAAAAAAUAACUAAUGCUUCUUUCAAAGAGAUAUGAAGAGACUUGGGGACAAAUUAAUGUGAUUUUAUUGUGCGUUUGUGGUUUUGCUGACAAUAUAUGAUCAGCUCUAAUGGGAACUGGAAAUGCAGCAGUGAGUUGAACUAACAGCAUGUUAAAUAUUUAGAUAAUAUUGACUUAAUGAAAAGUGCUGCUAAAUGAACCUACAAUUCCUUAUGGCAUGUGUGCAAUGUUUGUUGCUCACCAAUUAUGGAUGUAUUUUUUUAUAUGCAUAACCUAACAGCUUUUUCAGCACUCAGCUGGUCUGAACUUGAGGAAUUUUUGCUCCAUUACUGGGAUCUUAUAACGUUGUAAUUAACAUAUGGGAAUGAUGCUAUAACUGAUACAACUCUUGACCAAAACUACAAUCCCCACUUUAAGUAUCCCAUACAGACCUAUGGAGAUUCAUAACUGAAUCAUUCAGUAUAAAAAUACCUCCACCAACAUUAGAUGGAUCAAUGUUGAUCAAGAUUAUCACUGGUUGUUACUGCACAGGUGUACUACUACUACUACUACUACUACUACUACUACUACUACUACUACUACUACUACUACUACUACUACUACUACUACUACUACUACUACUACUACUACUACUACUACUACUACUACUGAAACAGUGACAGGAAGUCGCUCUGGAUAAGAGCGUCUGCUAAAUGACGUAAAUGUAAAUGAGGAACUGACACCUAGAGUCAUACUAAACCCCUACUUCCUGUUUCAGACUCAGGGGCCUGGCUCCCCCCGCUCAUCCCCAAGCCACGCAGUCAGCCGGCCCAUCCCCAUGCCAACCCAGUCAGAGUCUGCCGCCACCACACCCACUCACACCCCUCAGGACUCACUCAUGGGUGUGGGAGGAGAUGUGCAGGAGGCCUUCGCUCAGGGUAAUACACACGUGCAUGUAUUCACACACACACACACAACUUUAUAGAUGAGAGUGGAUUGGCCUACUCUGGGUCUGGAGAGCCACAGUUCUCACAGAGCCUCUGUUCUAUCCCCAGGCCCCAGGAGGAACUUGAGAAAUGACCUUCUAGUUGCUGCUGACUCCAUCACCAACACCAUGUCUUCAUUGGUUAAAGAGCUCAAUUCAGGUGAUACUAUAGUCUCACUGUUUCUAUCUGACUUUUGUCAGUAUACUUUGCUCAUCCUUGCAACAUUUUAACACUGUGUUGUCUCCCUUAGAGGCUGGAAGUGAGACAGAGAGCAACAUGGACUCUCAGACAGAUGAACUGGUCUCCUCUCCCUCAUUCGAUCUUCUAGCACAGAUAACCACUAAACCACGGUAACUACAGUCUGCAGUAUGCACAGUGUGCAGAUCAGUACUUGACUUGGGCAGGAGCUCACUGGAACUAAGUACCGGCAACUCAAAUGUUCUUCUGCUUGAGUAUGUGACCGACCAGCUCGAUUCGGUCUUAUGUAACAAAAUUUGAAAUUGUGUUUUUACAUUGGAUAAAAGUAGUGACUGGUAUAUCAUACACUACAGUUGAGGAACAAUGGGAAAGUAAUUCUGCUUAGAAAGUUGAUAAACUUGUAACCUCACUUUUGAGAAAAUGGCCUUUGAAUGUUUUGGUACACCCACUGGAGAGCUCUUCUUUGUCUACACCCAUUCAGCAUCGUUCACACCCUCUUAAGCUAUAGCCCCGCCCGUAAACUCAGAGCUUUGUCAGAUUGUCCGUUCGUAAAUUCAGAGCGUUUAGCUCUCUGAGCAUUUAGAGCGCACACUGGACGCUCUGGCCAAGGAGUAGGGUUGAUCAGAGCGUUCUGUCCUAACAACAGCAGUCAAGCACCCAAGCUAACUGGCUAACGUUGGCUAGCUUGCUAGCAACUUCCAGACACAAAUGAGAGAACAGCUCACUGACCAUUUUACUCACCCUAGCAGAGCUGGUUAGGCAGUUUUUAUGUUAUCCAGAGCGUUGGUGACUGCAACUGUGCUGCUGGCAACAAUUUAAUUAUGCUUUUUUGCCAACGUUUACUAACACCGGCCAUAUUCAACAGGUGUUGAGCGUUCGUAAAUGUGUCAGUUAUUCUGCACUAUGGGACACUCAGACGAGAGUGCUCUGAAAUCGGAGUAGAUAGCCAGUGCGAAUUUACCAGCUACGUCUAUCAACAGCUGUCGCAUUGACAUCAUGAACAUUCUAUUGAAAUGGUUACUUGCGUAGUGGAGUCUUUUGUUAAGACAUGUAGCUAGCUAAACUAUGAACCAUAAUCCCAACUCAUGACGUUACUACCCUGCAUGAAUCUGCAGGUAGCUAACCAACCAGGUUCAAUGUUAGUUAGCUAACAAUGCCUAUAACUAGCAAAGCAAAUGGCUCUGAGAUACGAAUAAUAUUACUACACAGAUCAUACACGUAACGUUAGCUAGCGAGCCAGCCAGCUAACGUUAGCUAGCUAGCUAACAGUAAUAACUUUAAAUGAAAACGACUUUCUGACAAAAUUAGAAACGUGUAAUAUCUGAAAAUGUAGCUAGGUAGAGUAUCUUACCUGUAUACAUGGAUGGACGCUUCUCCCUCUCUGCCAUGGUUGCCCUUAGUUUGAAGAUGUAAUCCGGAGACAAGUGUUUUCUCCAUCUCCUUAGCUAUCAUACUUUCAAAACUCGAUCUCUCGUCAUGUCCAGCCCACCCCUGUGGGGUGCCACAGGGUUCAAUUCUUGGGCCGACUCUUUUCUCUGUGUAUAUCAAUGACGUCGCUCUUGCUGCUGGUGACUCUCAGAUCCACCUCUACGCAGACGACACCAUUUUGUAUACAUCUGGUCCUUCAUUGGACACUGUGUUAACAAACCUCCAAACGAGCUUCAAUGCCAUACAACACUCCUUCAGUAGCCUCCAACUGCUCUUAAACACUAGUAAAACUAAAUGCAUGCUCUUCAACCGAACGCUGCUUGCACCCGCCCACCCGACUAGAAUCACUACUCUCGACGGGUCUGACCUAGAGUAUGUGGACAACUACAAAUAUCUAGGUGUCUGGUUAGACUGUAAACUCUCCUUCCAGACUCACAUUAAGAAUCUCCAAUCCAAAGUUAAAUCUAGAAUCGGUUUCCUAUUUCGCAACAAAGCCUCCUUCACUCAUGCUGCCAAACAUGCCCUCGUAAAACUGACUAUCCUACCGAUCCUUGACUUCGGCGAUGUCAUUUACAAAAUAGCCUCCAACACUCUACUCAGCAAAUUGGAUGUAGUCUAUCACAGUGCCAUCCGUUUUGUCUCCAAAGCCCCAUAUAAUACCCACCACUGUGACCUGUACGCUCUUGUUGGCUGGUCCUCACUACAUAUUCGUCGCCAAACCCACUGGCUCCAGGCCAUCUAUAAAUCACUGCUAGGCAAAUCCCCACCUUAUCUUAGCUCAUUGGUCACCAUAGCAACACCCACCCGUAGUCUGCGCUCCAGCAGGUAUAUCUCACUGGUCAUCCCCAAAGCCAACACCUCCUUUGGCCGCAAUUCCUUCCAGUUCUCUGCUGCCAAUGACUGGAACAAAUUGCAAAAAUCUCUGAAGCUGGAGACACUUAUCUCCCUCACUAACUUUAAGCAUCAGUUGUCAGAGCACCUUACCGAUCACUGCACCUGUACACAGCCCAUCUGAAAUUAGCCCGCCCAACUACCUCAUCCCUAUAUUGUUAUUUAUUUUGCUCAUUUGUACCCCAUUGCACAUCUAUCAUUCCAGUGUUAAUACUAAAUGUAAUUAUUUUGCACUAUAGCCUAUUUAUUGCCUUACCUCCAUAACUUGCUACAUUUGCACACACUGUAUAUAUAUGUAUUUCUGUUGUAUUUUUGACUUUGUUUUGUUUUACCCCAUAUGUAACUCUGUGUUGUUGUUUUUAUCGCACUGCUUUGCUUUAUCUUGGCCAGGUCGCAGUUGUAAAUGAGAACUUGUUCUCAACUGGUUUACCUGGUUAAAUAAAGGUGAAAUAAAAAAAUAAAUUAAAAAAAACUCAUUAUCUCAGCCAAUCAUGGGUAGCGGGAAGGUUGCUGUCUUUUUCUGUGGCUAAACCAACUAGGCUCGUAAUUUAACAAUUGUAUUCGUAUUUACAGAUGGCAUACAAGUUUGUUAUUAAGGCACAUGAAAGUUCACAUGUUCCAGAAGGCAUUUCUGCUUAAAAACACAUUUUGAUAAAAAAAAAAGUUAUGUUCAAAUGGCUCUCCUGUGAAUUAGUGACACGCGACAUACACCUAGUUUCCUGAAACGAGUCUCAUAUAGAAUAUUAUCUCAAAAGUAUUGAGGAGUUCCUGCACCUGAAUAUAAUUGGUACCGGCACCCAAAAUGAGCACCGUCACCUAUUUCAGUCCAAGUCAAGCACUGGUGCAGAUGUAGGAAUCUAUGAAUCUCUAUAAAAGCUACACAAUCUUAUACAGUAGAUUUUAGUAUGGUAAUGUUGGAUUUACCUCCAUAGUGUUGGUCGCAGGAACACUGGUGGAGUUGAGGAGGAGUGCUAUGAGAAUGACCUGGUUCAGGUGCUGGAGGAUGAGCUGAAGAUGGAGGAACUACUAAAACACAGACAGGAGCAAGAGAAAACCCGU